AAAGGGGCCUCAAAGUCUUGUUGCUAUGUGUAGAAUUAAUGAGAACAAUUGAAAAAAAAAUGGCUGAGCUUCUUAGGAGCUGUGAAGGCCUGCACCUCACUGUACUGUUGCAUCUUCCUCCGAAUCACCAGCUGAAAUCUUUCCAGAAAAAUCCAAGUGCAGCUGCUUCGGGAAUUGGAGAGUUUAGUGGGAAACACGUGGUCUUCACUGCUCAGAGGAGGAUUCUGCCUGAGCCAACUCAGAAAAGCCGUACGAAAAAUAAGCAAAAGCACCACAGAAGCCGCACCCUCGCUGUAGUGCAUGAUGUCAUCCUUGAGGACUUGGUCUUCCCAAGUAAACUGUGGCCAAGGAUCCUGGUGAAACGGGAUGGCAGCCGGCUCGCAAAGGUUCAUUUAGACAAAACAGCAGAACAACAUGGAGCACAAGUUCGAAACUUUUUCUGGUGUGUAUAAGAAGGCCAAGGGCAUGUUAAUUUUGAAUUCCCAAAGUUUCAGUUGUAAAGAAAAUGACUGAAUAAAAUGUCAUUCAUAGAAAAAACAU